AUUCCGGAGGUGAAGGACGAUGAGGUCUUGAUUAAGGUUGUCGCCACCGCCUUGAACCCGGUCGAUUUCAAGAGGAGAUUUGGAUAUUUCAAGGCUAAUGAUUCUCCUUUCCCGACUAUUCUCGGUUAUGAUGUGGCUGGCAUCGUCGUUAAACUCAGCUCCUUAGCCAAGUACACAACUGCUCAAGAGAAGCUUUUAGCUCACAAGCCCGAGAAUCUCGAUUUUGUGCAAGCCGCUGCCUUGCCUCUUGCCCUAGAGACAACUUAUGAAGGGCUAGAAAAGUACGAUUUUUCUAAGGGCAAAUCAAUACUCGUGCUCGGUGGAGCCGGUGAUAUUUCCAAACACGUUUUUGGUGCGUCUAAGAUUGCAGCUACAGCCAGCACGUCGAAGUUUGAAUUUCUGAAAAGUUUGGGGGCCGAUUUGGCAAUUGACUACACUAAGGAGAAGUAUGAGGAUCUGCCUGAUAAAUUUGACUUUGUUUAUCUGUUGGUAAGAUACUUAACCUCACACUUAUAUGCUAUAGCUAACCGUCAAGGGUCGGGAGAGGCACGAUAUGAACCAGGUGUUCGAGAGGUGGAUGGAGGUGAUGUUGGGAGCCGAGUUUCGGAGUCUGGAGAUUGGGUCCUUUACAUGGCCAUUGUUGAUAUUAGGUCGGCAGAGGCUAGAGCAGCACAGAUGGUUCUACGCGUACCUGAACCAGCAGAGGUGAUUGUGGGGCAGAGAAAAGGAAAGCCUCUGCCGAAGUUGGUAUCAACUCCAUUGAUUUUCAAGGAAGACAUGAUCUACUCAUGUCUGGAUGCAUACGAGUAUUUUAUGAUAGCAAGUGGUCAUGCAAAGCAAGCACCUUUACCGUUUGUUAAAUCUGUUGAGGUAGACAAGUUGAUUAAUAGGCAAUAA